AUGAUGACUGACUCUAUCAUUCGGGUGAAGUGCGAUGAAACUGUCCCGAGCUGUCGCCGAUGCCUAAAGACAGGGUUGACAUGUCCUGGAUAUUUGCGUCCAGUGAAGUGGUCGACAAAGCACGAGAAGCUUUCGGCCCCCUCCGAGGACUAUAACGCUGAAGAUGACACUGGUUUCGGAGCCGAUGUUGACGCUGACCGACAAGUCUUGUCCCCAUCAUCGCCACUAUUUAACGAGAGAGCUGGGACCUUCUCACCUAUGAGCAUAACGAGCCAGAUUACUUCAUCAUGUGCUACUACCACCACGGGAGAAGACUCACCAGCCUCAAACAGCUCAGGGGACCAAGGAUCGUCUGCCAUGGGGAUUUCCGUGGCUUCGCCGCUGCAGACCGAAGCAAUCAUCCUAUCAGCACCUAACAGCCCACCCCCAAAGCAGCCAGGUGACGACGAUCAUUCUGCAGAACAGAGUAAUCUAGAUGAGUACAUCGGUAUAUCUGCAUCUGACGGCCCCCCUUCACAAGAUGCUCUGCUAUCAUUGUACAUCCCAACGGAAGAAUCAUCUGUUCUCCUGUGCCACUAUUAUUCUCUGAUCUGCCGUAUCAACUCUUCUUUCGACUCAGAAAACAACCCUUUUCGGAACCAGAUGUCCAAACUCAUUAAUGGGUCCCCACUUCUCUUUUACUGUGUUCUCAGCAUGUCCGCUGCCCACCUCCACCAAUAUGAUAACAAUACGACUAUUUCGUUUGAAUAUCAGGCUCGUGCACUCUCACAGCUCUCCACCGAUCUAAGUACUACCUGCAUACUCCCAUCUCAACCCACUCCUCGGGAGCAGGAGAGCACGGAGCUUUCCGGUCCAUCUCAGACUACCUUGGUCAAAGAUGAACUACUUCUUGGAAUUAUUCUUCUGGGCAUGACAUCAGCAUGGAAUGAUGCCUCUUCUUCAGGGUACUCGCAUCUCAUUGGAUCUAGAGUCCUCUUCAAGUCAUGGAUGUCCGCGAACGGAUUAAAUACUGCCAACAAGGCAUCCGCAAUGACUGAUAUACAAAGAUUCAUUGUUUCCUCUAUGGUUUAUUGGGAAGCACUGAGCUCUUUUGUGGUUGAUCAGCGAACAGAAGAUCUUGCCUACCUAGACUGCCUUGCCAACCAACGUUGGACGGGAACCAUAACCCCUAGUCCUUGGACUGGUGUGGCCACCCCCAUAUUUAUACAUCUGGCCAAGGUUGGGUCACUGAUGCGCAAGAAGAGAGCUCUAAGAAACAUUUCUCUCUUCAGAAGCAGUGAGGCAUACCGUGAUGCACUCUACUUUCAGCUUGUAGAGGAUGCUCGUGCUCUGGAGCAGGCCAUUCUCGGCUGGCGGGUGCCCUUUCUCAGUUUGAUUGAGGACACUGGGGACCCCCGUGCUCCCCCAAAACAUUUCUGGGGGCUCGCACGCUGCUAUCGUUUAGUUGCCUUCAUCGAGCUGUACCGAGCCUUUCCAGAAAUCGUGGAAAAUCACUCUGGUCUUAGCAUUCCCGAUGGUAAAUCGGUAGCUCCGGAUGGAGAUUAUCAAAGCCCGUUGAUAUUGAGUCUUGCUUUUGGAGUUCUGGACAUACUCAAGAACAUUCUGAGUGACUCCAGCACCCUUCCAGUCCAAGGCCUGGCGCUAAUAGUGGCAGGGAGCGUGCUGGGACGUGUCGGCUCGCCAGAGAAAGCGACCCUGGACCAGGAGGUGAUGGAAUGGAGAGAAUUUGUGCGCGAACGGAUGGUUUUGCUGCACAGCUUCGUGGGACUCCGUCCCGUAAAACAUGCCGCGAUUAUGAUUGAGGAGGCUUGGACACGAAUGGACGCCUUGGUAGAGUCCAACUCUGGGUUCGAGUUUGAUGGCAAUAUGUUGUCGGAUAGCGUGCAUUGGAUGGAUAUUAUGAUCGAGAAGAGGCUUGAAACAAUACUUGGUUGA